AUGCUGCCUGUCCGAGUGCUAGUCCAAGAAAGGCGAGCCCUCUAUCAACGACGAAAAUCAUCUGCGUCGAGUAUUGAUGAACUUAGGACCGAAGAACGGCAGUAUAGUAUACGCCGUUGGCAAGCGCAGUGGGAUGCCGCGGAGAAAGGUAGGUGGACAUUCAGUUUGCAGCGUGACAACCUGGAAACUAUUCUUAACCGGACACUGCAUCCAGAAACACUAGUAGAAGCUAUGCUGUCAUCGAAAGCUACAUGGGACGCCACCAGCACAUUCGCCAUGGAGGUGCUGAAAGAACUAAGGUCUAUUGAAAGACAGAGAUAUGAAGAUAAAGGACUGUGCCAAAUCAAGUUCUGCCAGCUAACACAAUGUCUGCAGCCAUUUGUCAACGGUUCAGGGAGAGAAGACAUUUACAUCCACGGCAAGUGCAGACUGCCCGAGCUGCCGUGUUGUGGCUACUACCAUUGUGUUGACGGUUUCUGUACCCACCCGGACUACGUGCCUCACGUCAAGUUUCCUGUCCCCACCAGGAAUAGAACAGAUGACAAACUGCGAAGAAUAUUUUACUGCUUUGUCUUCAAGACAAGCCUCUGGUUUUACAGCCAGUGUAUCUCUCGAGUGCCAAUCACCACCUGCGCCUUCUUGGCCAUAAUAGAUAAACCCGUCCAGUUCUUCCUAUUCUGCGCUGUCUAUGGACCCUGCGCACUCAUAUUGUUAGGGUGCUACUGCUACAUAUAUGUGGUGGCGAGGUACCAUGCACGUGCCAUCUACACAGUGGAACUGUCGCUACGACAACAAGACUACUCGCACACGCGCUACGGCCAGACGUUGGCCAUCACAGUCGGGCUCUUCAUCUGUCUUUGGAUGCCCUUCCAGAUCUUGAUGCUGGUCGACAUCGUGAACGGCUCGUCGACGCUAUCGGGAUGGACCGCCAUCUUCCUGGCGCUGCCGAUCUUCGCGAGCAGCGCCGUCAACCCCUGGGUGUACGGCUACCGCAACAGUGAGGUAAGGAGCGCCGUGCAGCGGGUGCUGGAGGAACUACUGGGCUGUAUUGGGUUCGAGUCGCCGCAGUACGUCUGUCCAGAGCUGCUCGGAGUCAAUGUACACGGGGAUCACGCCGAGUUGAACAGUUUCGCCUCCCACGUGCGACUCUGCGCUGUUUCCCCCAUGCGGUGUACAUCCCUGCUCCUUCCACCCGGCGGCCGCACUGAAGUCACAGAACUCACCAACAGGGAUGCUGAGAUCGCUGAGGACAUCCCGGCCGACCUCACGGUCAUCCUGCAGGAACUAAAUGAUAAAGAAUAAGAACAACAGAUUUCGUCAAGCUCUCAUUUUCUCAUUGUCUCAUUUACUUAUACAGUAAUACAAUCCGGUGAACUAGCGUGCUAUAUAAUUGUUAAAUAAAGAUUAGUUUAGUAGAAAUUGUCCAAACAGUUGAAACUUUCUACGGUUGAGUAAAUUCUGAGAACGAGCAAUUUAAGUGUGUUGCUUACAAUAAACUCUCAGAUAAUCUAAAAUAAGUAAUCGCUGCCAUCUUGGUAGCUCUUUUUGGAAAAUGUAUUGUUCAGAUGUGUUCAAUAUAAUUUAUAGUAGUUUUACAGCAUGUCCCACAAAUUAGCCUCUGUUUGAUGUUUUAGAUGAGUAGAUUUUGUUGAAUAACAAGAAACAUUCUUAAAGAAAUGAAUGGCUAUCUUUAUAUAGUGCCGUUUCCCUUUAAAACAUUGUUUAAGUAUAACCGCCCGACUUAUACAUUAUUUACCUUGAAUUGAUUACUCCAGAUUUCUCCAAUAUCUGUUUAAAAUACGUUAUCAUAUUUAGUGAAAUUGUAAUUGGUUACAGUGGUUAUCGAAGUCUCGAGGAUCUCAUAUAAAAAUAUUGCACCACUAAAAAAAUCCGAAACAUAUUUGAUUUCGUGGUAUUGCACCUCGAUUUUUUGUUACGAAGCUUUAUAAAAUCGCAAUCAAUUUCAACUGAUAAAUUAAUAAAAAACACUUAAUCAGUCGGUUUAAGUUAAUAAAUAUUAUUAUUAUUAAGUACAUUUAUUAAUAAUAAUAAUAAGCCUUCACUAUAAUAAGUAUACAUUCACUGUGUUAAAAAAUAGUACUAGAAACAAAAUUACUGCAGCAAAUAACUAACAUUGUGGGAUAUGUUAGCAUUAUUAUAUGUUUACAUCGUGUUCACAUUACGUUUUUUACGGUUUUCAUUUUGACAUUUAACAACACCAAAUUAUGGUAUGAUCUUGACUAUUCUUUUAAGAUAGAUUCAGGAAUUUACAGGGUAGAGCUUAUAAACGAUAAUGCAAUUUUCUUGUACAUAAAUGCUUGUAUAACUUUUUAUCUUAGAUUAUUUAUUUUUCGUUAUUACAGUGAUAGUAUUGAAUAUUUUUCUACAUCGAUAUUAAUAAGAGGUUAUAAUGACUUAAAGUAUUAGUUAUGUUGUAAAUAUUUACUGAAUAAGUUAACUGCAGUUAUUAAAUGAUGCAUUUUAUUGACAUUACCCAAUUUCUUUGAAAUGGUCAUCAUUUUUGUUACAAAUUUUGAAAGAAAAUUACAGAUAAUCGGUAGUAUUGUUUUAGUCAUUGUUUUAAUCAUCGCAUUUUGUAUGCGACAAGGAUUAAAACGAUGAGAUUAAAAAUUGAACAAAAAUUACAUACGAGUGUUCUCAUACAGAACUUCAAUACUAAGGUAUUGUGUAUAUAAUAACUUCAUGCUCUGUCUAAUUGAUCUCGUCACAUACCAUUUACUCUCCUACGUUUGUAUUUUUGAUUGUGAAAUAAAUUUGGAUCCAGAUUAUAAAGUCAUAAUUUGAGUUUAUUGUUAUCAAAAUCCAAAAUUUCAGGCUAUUUGUAUAGCAUCUCCCAACUUUAUGCCAUCCUCCAAAGAGGUUCUUUACACAACCAUGACAAACCAAGACAGUAUUUUACAUCAUUCUUAGUGCUUAUGUAGUUAUUUUCUUCCCUUUCUAGGUAAGAAGGCUAGUUAAGGAGUGUUGCAGGUAAAAUUCUUAAAUUUUAACCUCGCCUUUUUCUUAGAAGUUUAAUUUGCUCCAUCCUUUAAGCUGCAUGGAAGUAAGAGAUUGGCCAUACACCGAACUGGUGUUGGUUUCCAGUCUGAUUUUGGACAUCCUUAACAAAUCAAUUGCUUUACGAAAACUUUCUCUUGAUGCACAACGUAUCUAAAUUUUGCUCAAAUUUUUGAAUUUAACAGGUGUAGUUGAUAAAUAUCCUUAUUUACUUUAAUUUAACUUCUAAACUUCCUUCAUUCUAAUUUUAUCUCACGAAGUGCGUUUGUGUGCAGGAAAGCAAUAAACUUCAAACGUAUAGAUGUUCCAUGGAACAUUUAAUUUGGCAAGCGCAGUUGGAACUAUGGGGUAAGCCAUUUUGGCCAUCGACCACACGAUUGUUCGUAUUGUCGUCGGCUAGCAAAAGCGACACCUAUCUCUUGGAAUUUUGUUACUAACAAUUCUUCAUACAAUAUUAAAGCGACUGCACCUUGUGAUAUCUUUGUGGCCUCAACUAUUUUGCACACUUUGAUUCCUCGAUCAUUCAAAAUCAUCUCCCGGAUUUUUCAAUCAUUUCGAUAGUAGACACUUCCACUGGCCUUCCCAAUCGUUGUUCAUCAUUUGUCGAUAAACGACCACGUUUGAACUCGUGUAUCCAAUUAUGUUGCAAACACAGGAGCAGAUGUGCCAGGAACUGCAUUUUAUUCAAAUUUAAUUUCUUUCGGCGAUAAGCCUUUCAAAUAAAAAUGUUUUGUCUCGUCCAUUAUUAUAAACAAACAAAUGAUGUUCACUUCAAUCGUCAACAGCAACAAAACUACGUGAUAGAUCGAGCCGAAAUUUUGACAGCUGUCUAGUCAAUAAUGCUGCUUACAAACAAAUUAUUUUCAAUCCUACAAGCAACAUAACUAGGUUUUAUAAAGACUUAUUGAACUACAACUCGUAUUGUUAUAAUAUAUUUCAAAGUAACAUGCAAUAGUUGGAACUAAAACGAAUCAUUAACUCAUUAGUUAGAGGCUAUUUCCUCAACUAUCCGUGCCAGUAAAGAUGCCGUGAGCUGGAUGUUGCCGGUAAACAUUGUGUAACUGAUGGUGGUUACACGCCAGCAAGACUGUCAAAACGUAAGAUCGUCCUUUUGAUGAUAGUCUUUGAUGAAAACUUUUUGUACGACAAACUUGAAUAAGGGGAAACGAAAUCUGUAAUAAUCCAAUGAUGUUAUUGCAACUUUCUUUUUCACUUGCUAAUCGCUAACAUUGGUUUGCAGCGUAGAGAGAAAAAAAAAUUAUAGAUUGAUGUGGUUACAUUUAAACAGUUGUCUUAUUUUCAGUAAUAACAAUUGUAAUAUGAAUUUAAAUUUUAUGUGCAGAAGAAGAUUUUUAUGUUUUUCUCACUUUUGGCUUUAUGUUCUGGUUGUAAACAUAAAAUCAGUCAAUUGUAUCAUUUGUGUGAUAAUAUAACAUAGCUGGAGCUACCUAUUACAUAUGAAUACAUAACUUUUAAACUCUUUCAAUUGAAAUUCAAUCGAACUCUGCUCCUGAUACGUUUCAAUUUUCCUUAGUUUUUUUAUGGCUGUGUAUUACUUAUCUAAGGUGAUCGAUUAUAGUAAUUAUUGAUAAUGUUACAACUUGGCGAGUUUUUUAUAUCGUAACAAAUUAAUUAUGUCAACCCAACUUUUGUAAUGAUUCGUUUAUCGUUUAAGUAAUAAAUAAUUAGUUGAAAUAACAGUGUAUUUCAGCUAUUAAAUAACGGUUCAAAAUAGAUUUAGUUUGUGACAUACCUUCAUAAUAUAUUUUUUUAGAAAUGUUUUUUAUUUUGAAAUACAGUCAGUACAAACCUUAUACCUCCCCAUGUAAAUUUUGUAAAUAGUUUUUAUACACGCUUUUAUAGAAGAUAACUAAAAGUGCAUAUGUGCUAUUUUUAGACUAUUGCUUUGAAUUUGAAUUUAAAUUCAGUAUUGUAUAAUAAAGUAAAAUCCAACUCUUUUUCACCUUUCGUCGUAACUAAUAUAUGGAUAUUUUUGAAAUAAAUAUUGUACAUUCUUUCAAAAUGUCCGAUUUCAAUCUUGGAAAUUUGAAAGUGUAUAUGCUUUAUAUACAAUUUUUCAUGUUGUAGAAUAUAUUAAAAAUAUCUGAAGAUUAAACAGGUAGGUCUUAAGGAACUUGGUGUGUCUUUCUAAAUUGUUUAAUUUAAGCCUUGUAUCUUGUAUUACGAAUGCACCAAGAAACCAAGCAUUUAAUGUAACAUUCUUUGCAAAGAAUGUAAAUUUUCGAUUUUUAAUCCCAAAAAAAUUUGUAUUGUGUAUUAAUUGUAUUAAUUUGACUUUAGACUGCUAAAUAAACUUGCUUACCAACAACUAUAACAGUUGCUAUACAUUUUUGAGUCUUGCAGGACAAAAAUAGUUAUGAAUCUGAAGAAUUCCGUUGUAUUGUUUUGCGCAAAACAAAAGAAAUGUUACUAAAUUAAACACAGUCAUAAUGAAAAGUAAAAUCUUUAUUAAAACGAGAGUAUAAACUGAUUAAUUAUAAAUUAUAUCUUGAAAGGUUUGUGACUUUUAUGGAAAGAAUAUAACUGUUGUAUUGUUUGGUUGUGAUGUUGUACCGUUCUGUCGCUCUUAUAAGUUACAUGGCCUAACAAUAGAAUUUGUACAUAGAUUAGACACUAUAGUUUUUUAGUGCGCUUAGAUUUCGAACUAUUAACACUGUAAGAAAUAGACCUAACUCUAGCUCUUAGGCUUACGAGGCUGAUCUCAUCAUUAUCAUUUGUUUUCCACUUCACACAGUGUUGAAGCAUGUGUCUAUAUAUUAAACUGACAUGGAUACUCGCUACAGAGUCAGAGAUUCUCAAGAUUGCAAUUUUGUUAGCAAUGUUUCUACGUGGUGUGAAUUUGAAAAUAUACAUGAUUUAACUAUAGUAGGGGCCACGAAAAAGUGCCGUUGACACAAAUCGUCAACUGCCGCCUGACACGACGCGCUGCAAUUUACACAGACCGUUAUCACAGGGUUGAACUGUACAAACCCCAACUAACUACUUAAUUAGCUCAGUCCUUAUUGGCUGCUCCAAGGUCACGCGCCAAUAGGCUCCUCCCUCAACUGCACUCUUUCUGUGGUCUCUACUGUAGUUUACUUUCUAUGGUUGUGUUAGGACAAAGGUUACCAACUCAUUGUUAGUUUUAUGAUAUGUUUAUUACUUGUAUUCUAGGUACAAUCGGUAAAAUAUACUUUGAUUGGGAGAGCCGAUGGUCUAUCGGUCUAAGACGUCAGACUUUCAAUCUUCAGCACGACGUCCACUGCGACCGGCCCAGCACCGCUCACUGCGACCGGCUCGAUCUACCCCAUCCCGACCUGUCCGGCCUAUCCGGCCUCAGUCGGCUCUUGGGGCGACUGUGCCUGUGCACGAGCUCCUCCCGUUUGUUUUCAAUGGGGUGAUCGUGACAGGCGGAGAGAAAGAGUGGGGGCAGAGCCGAGCAGUACCGAUAAAUCCCCGAACAUUCCUGACAAACCCUGUACAUGCGGCUGAU